AUGGGUGCCAGUCUAUCUCCUGCAGGCUCGCAUUCCGCUGGCACCUUGGGUCCCUACGUUCAACGCAAGCAGAGCAAGGUUAUAUGCGCCCUGACAUGCUACCACGUAGCGCAAGAGGCUCCUGCCGACUUGGGCACGAUCACGCGCAAUCCUGCAGAGUUCGAUGCCUGCGACAUCGUCUGUCCAGCUGAAGGCGACAUGGCGACAAUCCACAAAGAAUUAGAAGAAAGGAUAGCUGAUGACCAAUGUUGGCUUGAGACUCACUCCGCGGAUCCCGCUGGACAGCGUAGAGCUGCCGAUCUGGCGCGCGCCAUCGCGGUCAACCAGGCCAAGAUUGACAAGUACCGUGCGCAGAGAGUCAUGGGAAAGGUGUGCGCUGGCCAUCUGCGCUUUCCCACGGCCACGGAGAUGACGUACAGUGACUGUGCGUUGAUUGAAGUUGCUGAUCCGGGGAGCGUUUCUACGGUGUUCGAUACAGUCGGGCAAGACGAAGACUUCUGCAACAGGUUCAUGGAUCCCGCGCUUCUCGAAAGGACGCAGCGUGUUACCAAGUUUGGCAGAAGCACUGGCUCUACCUCGGCAACUGUCAAUGGCUACAGGUUUGCGGCUUCAAUGGAAACGCCGUUCGGCCUCGCUGAAAGUUUCUGGGCAUUCGCUGCCUGGAGUGAGGAGCGCCAUUCAGCGUUCACGGAGAAGGGCGACUCAGGGGCAGCCGUGGUGUGGGAGCGGAAUAUCGUGGGCCUUGUCUUUGGUGGGAUAGAAGGCGAGGUCGAGACGUCUCGUGGACAGAGAGCAUUCUGGACAUCGCUGCAAUCCUUGAUAUCGAACCACUCUUUAGUUGACGAGCCACUUGUCGACAAGUCCAGCCAUUGCUUGGCCUGCAGAAGGAAGCAAGCGAGAAAGGCACAGCAGGCUGAGAAUUUGAAACGCAAGCGGACAGAGAAGGAGGAGAGUGGCUCAAGAUCGAAGCGUGGCAAACUGCGAGCGCUGGAAAAGGAGAAGAAGGAAGGCGAUGCUGAAGAAGAGGAAGAUGCUGAGAGCAGCAUGAGCGAAGGAGAGCUCGAAGAAGAAGAAUUCUGGCUGGAUGCUGAAAGCGAAAGCGAGGAGGAGCAAGUGGAGGAUGACUUGGAGAAGUAG